AUGGCUACACGAGUCGAAUAUGCUCAUCUCACAAGAUGGUGCAAGUCAGGAGCUACUGGUCUUAGUGCAGUUAGAAAAGACUACAUUCCCAGAGGCGUACGGUCGUUCUCUAGUACACGUAUCUUUGCUCAGGACGCUGAGCAAGCACCGACUCAUGGAUUCUCGAAUGGCCAGAACCUUGGGAGCAUCACACUGAAGAAGAACGGUGUCUAUCUGGAGAAUAAAUUGCGUAUUACGCCUUUUGCAGAACUCGACGUCAAAGAGCGUCCAGGUAGUGAAUCUCUACGCUGGGAUGGAGAGAGACUGUAUUUUGAAAAUUCAGAAGGCGAAGAUCGUACCUAUGUAUCAAAUUUAUGGCUGAGAGACCAGUGUCCUUGUCACGAGUGUGUUCACCCUGUCACCCGACAGAGGCAGCUUGAUACUUUCUCGCUCGAUCCCGGUGUCAAGCCCGCCAAAUUGAACAUCCAGACCAAGGAGAAACAAACGAUACAGAUCGCGUGGCAAGAUGGGCAUCAGAGCGAAUACCCGUUGAAAGUGCUCCGCAAAGGUAGACCAACUCAUACUAGUGUGCAAAGAAGAGGUCUCGUCGAGCAAAUCAUGUUUGACAAAACGAUCGCGGCCAAGCCGCCCACGGUUGACUACAAGAGCAUUGUGGAGGCAGACGGCAUCGCAGAAUGGACCCGUCAGAUUAACGUACACGGUUUGUCAUUUGUCAAGGAUUGCCCAAUUGAUCCCGAGGCGACCAAAAGGCUGCUGGAGAAGAUUGGGCCAAUCCGGGAAACUCACUAUGGUGGUUUCUACGACUUCACGUCGAACAUGGCAAGUAAGGAUACUGCUUACACAUCGUUGGCACUCGAAGCGCAUACCGACACGACAUACUUUUCCGAACCAGCAGGACUUCAGAUGUUCCAUAUGCUCUCCCAUACUGGUGGAUCCGGUGGUGAAUCGCUGCUAGUCGACGGGUUUGCAGCAGCAAGACAGCUUUACGGCGAAGACCAAGAGGCAUACAAGGUGCUCAGUACAGUAGGCAUCUGGGCACAUGCAAGCGGAAACGAGGAUGUCAGCAUCCAGCCGUACGUGUGCUUCCCCGUGCUUUCUCACGAUCCGGUGCUGGGUCACUUGGUGCAGGUGAGAUGGAACAACGCAGACAGAGCAGCGAUUGAAGCACCUAGCGACAUGAUAGACAAGUGGUACGAAGCUGCCAGGAAAUUCAAUCGCAUCCUGAACGACCCACAGAACCAGUAUUGGACACAACUCGAGCCAGGAAUGCCUUUGAUCUUUGACAACUGGCGAGUGUUGCAUGGAAGAAGCGUAUUCACAGGCAAGCGACGGAUGGCCGGAGGAUACAUCAACCGUGAUGACUUCAUUUCCAGGUUCAAAUUGACAGGAUCGAGCAGAGAUGAAGUCCUUGAAGCGACCGUGACAGGAUGA